AUGCUGGCAGCCCUCGACCGCUAUUUAAAAGAGCAUGACUACAAGUACUCUAUUAUACGAGACCGAGAGAUUCACCAGUCGAAGUUGGUACUCGAAGGAAAAGUGAAGUGUCAACAAGGAAAAGGCAAGAGACCCAACGCCGCGAACGCACUGACAGCCGAAGAAGAAAAAAUGCUAUGGAGUGAACAAAGUCUCGGCGACUUCAUUCCAAGAGUUCUUUCCCAGACGAUGUGGUGGAUCUUGACUCAACAUUUUGGCCUGAGGGGAAGACAGGAACACCAUUCAAUGGAAGUCGAGGACUUCAGUUUUUGUGCGGACGACAGCGGCACAGAGUACGUCACAUUUAAAGAAAAUUCUACAAAGACGAGGCAGGGAGGACUGAACACAAAACAUCGUAGUGUUCUGCCAAAAAUGUUCGCUACUGGCGGUCAGAGAUGUCCUGUUGAGUUACUGAAGCAAUACCUUAGUAGGCGUCCUCAAGAGCUGCGCGACAAAGGUCCUUUUUACCUUGCCAUAAUCGAAAAUCCCAAAACAAAUGUUUGGUACAAGAAGCAGCGGCUCGGCGUAAACAGCAUCGACAAUAUGAUGAAGAGCGUCGUCAAGAACACAGCUCUGGAAACAAGCAAGAAGAAAUUUACUAACCACACCACAAGGAAGACAGUUGUGAAGAAACUCAGAGCAGCAAGCGUCGAGAGGCAGUCGAUAAUCCAGGUGACCGGCCACGCAAGUGAAAAGUCUCUUAACGACUACGAUGAAGGUAGCGAGAAGGAACAGCGACAGCUUUCAAACAUUAUCAGCAAUGCUCCACAGUCAGCAGCCUCCAGCAGUUUUCCUGGUCUACCAAUGUGUUCUUCUCCUGCAACGACUUCAACGUGUGAACAGGUGAAAACAAGCGGCCAUGCUUUCACUGUGAACAACUUUCACAACUGUCAAGUCACAUUUAACGUGAUUCAGGGGCAAUGCAGUUCACCAAAGUCUACAAGUCAGAAUGUUAUUCCCUGAGGCCGAUUGAGAUCAAACAUUUGAAAACAGUUUAGCGGGCUUAAGUACUCUUGCCGCUUUUAAUAACUGAAAUUUAGCUUUUGAGUUCGGCUUGUAAUAUUUUCUGAGAAACUUUCAAGAA